AUGGGGCUGGAGGCGGCGCGAGAGCUGGACUGCGCGGCGCUGGGCGCGCUGCUGCGGGAGCCUCGGGAGGCUGAGCGCACGCUGGUGCUCGACUGCCGCCCCUUCCUGGCCUUCUGCCGCCGCCACGUGCGCGCCGCGCGCCCUGUCCCCUGGAACGCGCUGCUGCGCCGCCGCGCGCGGGGCCCGCCCGCCGCCGCCCUCGCCUGCCUGUUGCCUGACCGCGCGCUGCGGGCGCGCCUGGCCCGCGGGGAGCUGGCGCGGGCCGUGGUGCUGGACGAGGGCAGCGCCUCGGUGGCCGACCUCCCGCCCGACGGCCCGGCCCACGCGCUGCUCGCCGCGCUCCUGCACGAGACCCGCGCGGGACCCGCCGCCGUGUGCUUCCUGUCAGGAGGCUUCGAUCGCUUUCAAGCCUGCUGCCCCGAUCUGUGCUCUGAGUCCCCGGUCCCCGCGAUGACGGCUGACAACAACGACAACAACCGCUCCGACUCCAGGGCUCCCUUUUAUGACCAGGGCGGCCCCGUGGAGAUCUUGCCCUACCUCUACCUGGGCAGCUGCAGCCACUCGUCAGACCUGCAGGGGCUGCGGGCUUGCGGCAUCACCGCCGUGCUCAACGUCUCAGCCAGCUGCCCCAACCACUUUGAGGGCCUUCUGCGCUACAAGAGCAUCCCUGUGGAGGACAAUCAGAUGGUGGAGAUCAGCGCCUGGUUCCCGGAGGCCAUUGGCUUCAUUGACUCAGUGAAGAACAGUGGGGGCCGCGUGCUGGUGCACUGCCAGGCGGGCAUCUCGCGCUCCGCCACCAUCUGCCUGGCGUACCUGAUACAGAGUCGCCGCGUCCGGCUGGAUGAGGCCUUUGACUUUGUGAAGCAACGCCGGGGAGUCAUAUCCCCCAACUUCAGUUUCAUGGGGCAGCUGCUGCAGUUUGAGACUCAGGUGCUCUGUCACUGA